GAGACCAAGAGGAGGAAACCAGAAAGUAACACUGCUGCAGAAAUGGACCUGCGGUCUGAGCUGCUCAAGUCCAUUUGGUACGGCUUCACGGCCCUGGAUCUGGAGAAGAGCGGUAAGGUGUCCAAGUCUCAGCUGAAGGUUUUGUCCCACAACCUGUGCACAGUCCUGUCCAUCCCACAUGAUCCCGUUGCUUUGGAGGAGCACUUCAGAGAUGAUGAUGAUGGUCCUGUGUCCAGUCAGGGUUAUAUGCCUUAUCUCAACAAAUACAUUCUGGAUAAGGUUGUGGAAGGAUCUUUUAUUAAGGAGAAUGUAGACGAGCUCUGUUGGACUCUUACGGCAAAGAAAAACUACCAGACGGACAAAAACAGCAGCACGGUUCUGCCGGAGAGGGAUGCUUUCCAACUUUGGUGUCUUUUUAAUUUUCUGUCUGAGGACAAGUACCCCCUGGUUAUGGUUCCUGAUGAGGUGGAGUACCUCCUCAAGAAAGUGUGCAUGGCCCUGAGUAUUGAGUUCAACUGUGUUGAAUUGGAGGACUUCUUCUCACAGGACUCAGUGCAGCAGAGUGGCAUUACUGUUUGGGUUUUUCUUGAGAUGAUGAACUCAGGGAAAAUUACCAGAGGAAUUGACAAGAGCAUAAUCAGCAUGGCUAUAGAGGAAGCGUAUAGAGAGAUAGUUGGUGAUGUCCUCAAAGAGGGAUAUCUUUGGAAAAAAGGUCAGCUGAGGAGAAACUGGAAGGAACGCUGGUUCACCUUAAGGCCGAGCAGCUUGUGCUACUACACCGGGGAGGACCGCAAGGACUGCCAGGGUGACAUCGCUUUGGAUGGGAACUGUUGUGUGGAGGUGCUGCCGGACAGAGAUGGGAAGAGAUGCAUGUUUUGUCUUAAAACCCUCUCCAAGACGUAUGAGAUGAGCGCCUCAGACACCAGACAGAGACAGGAGUGGACAACAGCCAUUCAAACAGCUAUCAGGCUGGAUGUGGAGGGGAAAAAGUCCCUUCACAAAGAUUUGAAGCUGAAGCGGCGUGAACAGCGUGAGCAACGCGAGAGGAGACAACAGUCCAAAGAGGAGGAGCUGCAGAGGCUACGGGCCCUGCAGGAGGAACGGGAGCGUAAGGUGGUGGAGUUGGAGCUCCUGAAGGAGGCCCAAAAGCAGGCUCAGGCCCUCCUGCAGCAGGACGAGCAGAAGAGGCGCCAGCAGCAUGAGCAGCUGCAGCAGGCCCUGGAGGUCCAGCUGAAAGAGGCUGAGCAGGCCCGCGUCAGUAUGCAGGCAGAGAUGGUUGUGAAGGAGGAGGAGGCCGAGAAGCAGAGGAAGAGAAUCAAGGAGCUGGAGGAGAUGCAGAAGCGCUUGGAAGAGGCGCUGCAGCAGGAGAUCAAGGCCAGGCUGGAUGAGGAGUCCUACCGCAAUGCUCAAGCAGGAUUACUGGCAGAGGAGGAGGAUAAAAUGAAGGCACUGAUGAACCUGCAGGAGGAACAGGAGGAGUACAUUCUGAAGACGCAGAGGGAGAAGCAGGAGCUCAAGCAAGAAAUGGAGGUCAAGUCUCAAGCCCUGGAGGAGGCGCAGAGGCAGCUUGAAGAGGUCCGGGCCAACCGGCACAGGGUUGACCAGGAUGUAGUGGCUGCGCAGAGGAAACUUCGCCUGGCGAGCACCAACGUCAAACACUGGAAUGUCCAGAUGAACAGACUGAUGCGGCCGAUCGGACCAGGAGAGAAAAGGCCGUCGUUAGGAAGCUCCUUCUCAGCCUUCCAGAUCCCGACGCAGAGAGAUCCCGGGCUGCGUCUCAGAAAGAGAUCGGACUCGGAGGGUCAGGACGAGGAGAGCAAAGAAAACGUUGACGGCAGAGCUAGGUGUGAUCUAGAAAAACGCAACUCCCAUGCCUCUAACGGAGACAUGGACAUCCCAUGAAAAUCAUCAAUCAGAGGAGGCUGCCUGGCUCGCAUCUGGUCACACUGUGAGGGUUUCUAACGGGAAGGCCAAGAGGCUGAGGGUUUGUUUAAUAUGUGAAGACUGUGGGAUAUUUACACUUAAAACCGAAUUUAGAGAACUACCAUUAGAUGUGGAAUUACUCAUUUCACAGCUUAACACAUUUUAGUGAGAAUUUGGAUUUGCAAUAACUCGGGCUCAUCUAAGUGCGACCUGCGUGAGGCCUUAUACCGGACAUGAACCUCAGCCUCAGUGCAGAGAAAAUGAGCUGUAAGAGAUGCUGAAAGUACAAGGUUCAUGUUUCAUUAAUAAUACCUACACACUCUGUAAUAUAACCAUUUGUUAACUUUACAUAGAUACGUGGUGUGUUUUGCCUUUUGGACGCUUUUUCUGAUAUUUGUGAAAAGUUUGUUUAGUAUUAUGAGUUUCAGUCUCAUGUAUCACUCCUCAUAAAACAGGAAAGAGAAAGAGAGAGGGGGGGAGAUAGAGAUUCUAGUUGAACUUCCUGUUUCGACUGUUUAACACAACUGUAAAUAAAAGAGUGAAAUAAUGCCCUAACCAGA